UCCGGGCGGGUACGCCCCGCCGCCCAGUAAGCGCCCCGGCGGCGCGGCCGGGGGCCGAGCCUGCCAAGCCAAGCCGGAGGUCGACCGGAACAAGCCGGGAUCUUGCAAAGCUGCCCAGCUGCUGAUGUCCAGAGGGGGGCGGAGAUCACCCCAGGGUAGAGGGCCAGGACGGCACCUGCAGGUUGUAGGGACAUGUCACCUGCUAUCCCUAGGGAGGGAACUUAUGAAUAUUCACAAAAGCUGGAGCGUGAGGGAGCCAGCCAGCCUGCUGCUUGGUGUCAUUGGAGCGGUCCUGUUUCCUGGUGACCACAGAGGCAGCGGGGAGUCAGACGUGGCUCCGGCAGAGAGGCAGCCAGCCUCAGAUCAAGCCCCCACAGGUGCCUGAGAUGCCGCCCCAGAAGAAGCGCUGGGAGUCCAUGGCCAAGGGGCUGGUUCUGGGAGCGCUCUUCACCACCUUCCUGCUGCUUCUCUACUCCUACGCCGUGCCCCCGCUCCAUGCUGGCCUGGCCUCCACCAGGACCCCGGAAGGCACAGCGCCCUGCUCCCCGGCCCCGGCUGAGCCAGAGGCGGCGGUGACAUCCAAUGGCUCGGAAAGGGGGUGCCAGCCGCGGCGGGACAUCGUGUUCAUGAAGACGCACAAGACGGCCAGCAGCACGCUGCUCAACAUCCUGUUCCGCUUCGGCCAGAAGCACGGGCUCAAGUUCGCGUUCCCCAACGGGCGCAACGACUUCGACUACCCAGCCUUCUUCGCGCGCAGCCUGGUGCAGGACUACCGCCCCGGGGCCUGCUUCAACAUCAUCUGCAACCACAUGCGCUUCCACUACGAGGAGGUGCGGGGCCUGGUGCCGCCCGACGCCACCUUCAUCACCGUGCUCCGCGACCCCGCCCGCCUCUUCGAGUCCUCCUUCCACUACUUCGGGUCGGUGGUGCCCUUCACGUGGAAGCUGUCGGGCCACGACAAGCUGGCGGAGUUCCUCCAGGACCCGGACCGCUACUACGACCCCAACGGCUACAACGCGCACUACCUCCGCAACCUGCUCUUCUUCGACCUGGGCUACGACAGCGGCCUGGAUCCCAGCAGCCCGCAGGUGCAGGAGCACAUCCUGGAGGUCGAGCGCCGCUUCCACCUGGUGCUGCUGCAGGAGUACUUCGACGAGUCGCUGGUGCUGCUCAAGGAGCUGCUGUGCUGGGAGCUGGAGGACGUGCUGUACUUCAAGCUCAACGCGCGCCGCGCCUCCGCCGUGCCGCGCCUCUCGGGCGAGCUGUACCGGCGCGCCACGGCCUGGAAUGUGCUGGACGCGCGCCUCUACCGCCACUUCAACGCCAGCUUCUGGCGCAAGGUGGAGGCGUUUGGGCGGGCGCGCAUGGCCCGCGAGGUGGCAGCGCUCCGCCGCGCCAACGAGCGCAUGCGGCGCAUUUGCAUCGACGGGGGCCAGGCGGUGGACGCCACGGCCAUCCAGGACUCGGCCAUGCAGCCCUGGCAGCCGCUGGGCGCCAAGUCCAUCCUGGGCUACAACCUCAAGAAGAGCAUCGGGCAGCAGCACGAGCAGCUCUGUCGUCGCAUGCUCACCCCCGAGAUCCAGUACCUGAUGGACCUGGGCGUCAACCUGUGGGUCACCAGGCUCUGGAAGUUCAUCCGGGACUUUCUGCAGUGGUGACAUCCUGCCUGCCCAGCGGCACCCCCGCCGGCCCGUUGGCCGAGGAGGAGCCGCGUGGGGCCCCCCCGCAGGCCUCCCUCUUGCCCCUCCUGGUGCUACUCUGUCCCCCCGGGGUGAGGGGAGUCGCCGCGGGCGUGCAGCCAGCCAGGACUGGGCCCCCAACACGCAGAGAGGGUCUGACUAAUUAUACUUUUUUUAAAUUAAAAUUCCCUCCCUUCAAAAAAAGAAUGUUCUAUUUCCUGCCUCCCCUUAAAGGGGAGGCCAUAGAAAUAAAGGAAUUUGAUGUGUUUU